AAAUAGCAAUUUGGAACAAACGUGUCCGAUCACUAUCAAGUUCAUUAAUUUUUCCAGACGAUAUUGGAAACGACUUUCCCGCUCGACAAGUUUGUUCGGUAAGAGCUCACGAGAGAACUCGAGAAGCCGCCAAUCGAAGGCACUUUAAGGAUAACUUACACGGCAAAAGAGAGCAAAGGAGAGAUAUAUAUAUAUAUAUAUAUAGACAAGUACGCACGAGCAGCGCGUACGAUCACAAAAUCGCAUAUCACACCCCAACCCACGCACGAUUCGCGCGUGCGUGCUCACGUGCUCACGGAUGCAACCGGGUGGUGCAACGUGGCCAGCAGCAUCACGCACCCACGCUUCGAGCGCCCACGCGAGAUAAGUAUGAGCGCGUGACGUCCUUCGUCACACGAGAGAGAACCGAGCCGACUGAGCGAAUGAACAGAAUCUAGCGGGAGAUCUAAUCCAAAGAGUGUGAAUCAUGCGUCCCACGCUUUUGCCGGCGCCGCUUCUGCUGGCGGUGCUGUUCGCCUGCCAGGUGGCCCGCUGCUUCCUGCUGGAGGGUUCCGCGACGAGCUACGCACAAUUUCGCAAAUGGAACGCCGGCCUGAACGGCACCCUCGAGUUCGAAUUCAAGACCGAGCAGGGUAACGGGCUGCUGCUCUACACGGACGACGGCGGCACUUACGACUUCUUCGAGGUGAAACUGGUCGAGAGCGCUCUCAGACUGAGGUACAAUCUUGGCGGCGGGGCGCAGAUUGUCACGGUCGGCCACGACCUCGGCGACGGCCACUGGCACAAGGUACAGAUCACCAGGUGCAACGAGAACACUACCCUAACUGUGGACGGUGUCGGCGCGGUCUCGACGUCGCGCGGCAAGGAGUUCGAGUUCGGCAAGCUCGCUGGGAACUCGGACGUCUACGUGGGCGGUAUGCCUAGCUGGUACAACAGCAAGCUGACGCUGUUGGCGCUGCCUAGCGUGAUAUUCGAGCCAAGAUUCAAUGGAUUUAUUAGGAAUCUCGUGUAUGCCGACGGGGAGAACACGGUGCCCAGAAGGCAGGAGAUGAAGAGUCGGGAUGUCAAGUGCGGUGGUUUUCCCUGUGUUGAGAGCGCUAAUAAACGCAAGUCGCCGAGGAGUUUACGCAAUAUGGCGAAUACGACAGAUGCCUGCGAAACUCGCGAUCCGUGUCAGCACGGUGGCAUUUGCAUUUCUACAGAUAGUGGACCGAUCUGUGAGUGUCGUACCGGUGAUUACGAAGGCGCAUAUUGCGAAAAAGACAAAGCUCCCUCGGAAGCAUCCUUCAGAGGGACUGAGUAUCUCACGAUAGAUUUGAGCAAAGCGGAACCAGUACUCAGUACACAAGAAUCCAUAAGCCUUCAGUUCAAAACGAGAGCAGCAAAUGGACUUCUAUUUUAUUCCGGAGAGGGCGAUGAUUAUCUUACUAUAUCGUUGAGAGACGGAGGCGCCGCAGUCAGUAUGAGCCUAGCCAAAGGAAGAUUGGAUCUGCACAUCAAGCCGGUCAAGUUGAGAUUCGACGAUCGUCAGUGGCACAAAAUUGUCGUCCAUCGGAAGGUUCAAGAGAUCUCUUCAAUAACCAGCUUUUGCAGGCUCUCUGCUAUUGUCGAUGGGGUUUACGCUGAGCAUGGUCAUACUGCGGGAUCGUUCACGCAUUUGGCGAGCGAUCGACUUCUCGUCGGUGGAGGAGCUGAUGCGAGGUCCUUGCAGGGCGCCAAAGGGAUCAUCAACUUCGUUGGGUGUCUGAGAAAGGUGGAAUUUGCUGCAGAAAGAAUCAGAAUGGAGCUGAUCGAAGCGGCCAAAAGCGGAGCGGCUGGUGUUGCGGCUUGGGGAAAGAUGGAUUUUUUCUGUCGUGAACCCAGAACAGCAGAUCCAAUUACGUUUACCACUAGGGACUCACAUCUCGUUCUGCCACCCUGGAAAGCCGCCAAGACCGGGACUAUAUCCUUCAAAAUUCGUACGAACGAGCCCAACGGAUUGAUUAUGUACAGCCGCAGCGGAGCGCAAACGAGGGAAGAUCUGUUUGCUUUCGAGAUUCUUGGUGGAUAUCUUUAUACGCACGCCGAUCUCGGGAGCGGUCCCGUUAAAGUAAAGUCGUCAAAAACACGCGUGGAUGAUGGCACUUGGCACGACGUUGUCCUGAGGAGAGUCGAAAGAGAAAUUCGAGUCACUGUCGACAGCAACAUAGUCGAGUUUCGUACGCCAGGAGAUUCCACGCAAUUAGACUUGGAUGGCUUGUUGUAUAUCGGUGGUGUGGGCGCACCUUUUGCGCCUUUAACUGUUCCACCCGUUUUGUGGACGGGCGCCCUUCGACAAGGCUACGUGGGCUGCAUGAGAGAUCUCGUCAUUAAUGGAAAUCCAAUAGACAUCGCAGGAUACGCGCAACAACAAGAUUCGGGUGCAGUAAGACCCGCAUGUCACAUGCAAGCCUCGCAUUGUUCUUCGAACCCAUGUAUGCACCGUAGCGUUUGCCUUGAAGGGUGGAAUCGAUUUCACUGCGAUUGCACUAAUACGUCUUUCACAGGGCCUACCUGUGGCAAAGAUGCGUCGACAUUGCAUCUAAAUGGUACGCAACAAAUGACGGCGUUGAUGCCGGAGGAUUCUAGAACACAGGCGGAGGAAAUUGUCGUGCGAUUCAAAACGACGAGACCGCGCGGCCUUCUAUUAGCGACUAGCUUUGAGAAUGGCGCUGAUCGCUUGCAGAUUUAUCUAGACGAGGGCAAGGCACACGUGCUGAUUCACAUCGGAGAUCGAGAAAAGUUAUUGACAGCUGGGCAAGGUCUUAAUGAUGACUUGUGGCAUACGCUAAAAUUCUCCAGACGAUUCAAUUUGCUCAAAUUCCAGAUCGACGAUGAUUCAGCAAUACGAGCGGAAGCGCAGCUGGGAAAGCAGGGCAUCUUGGAAUUCCGAACGCUCCACGUAGGCGGAUAUCUUCACGCGGGCGAGGACAUACCGCAUUUCGUGGGCCAGCUGCAGCAGAUCUGGUUCAACGGAUAUCCAUACCUGGAGAUUGCGCGCAGCGCUGGAAGCCAUCAAACCUCACAUCAAGGCGUUGCGCCCAUCAUCCGGGUCACCGGCAAAUUCGGAAAAAGAAAUCAUCCGGUUCACCAUCCGGUGACCUUCACCUCCAAGCACACUUUCGUCGGACUUCCGGUACUCAAAGCGUACUUGGAGACCAACAUUUAUUUCCAGUUCAAAACGCGCGAAGCAAACGGCUUGAUCCUUUAUAAUGCCGGAAGAGAGCAUGAUUUCAUUGCGGUCGAGCUGGUAAACGGACACGUACACUACGUGUUUGACCUAGGCGACGGAGCUGUCAGGGUCAGGGAUACUUCGAAGUCCAAGUUGAACGAUGGCAAAUGGCACGCCGUCAGUAUUGGCAGACCUGCCGCAAAGAGACACACUCUCUCUGUGGACGAUCACGUGACCGCUGUCAACAGCCAGGGCAGCAACGAGAAUCUUGAUCUCGAUGGUAUUUUGUAUAUAGGUGGAGUGGAGAAGGCGCAAUAUGGUCAAUUACCAAAGCAGAUUCUCAGCCGUCACGGAUUCGAGGGGUGUCUGGCGUCGUUGGAUCUCAGUGGGGAAAGUACCGACCUCAUUACCGAUGCCGUUGUGCCAAGUUCCCUCGUCACAUCCGGAUGCGACAUUUACACCAACAUACAUCCGGGCAAGAAGUGCACUCAUGAUCUCUGUGCCAAUCAUGGAACAUGCGUGCAACAGUGGAAUAGCUACACAUGCGACUGCGACAUGACGAGUUUUACCGGGCCGACUUGUAACGAUGAAGCUAUCGCUUAUGAAUUCGGAGCUGGAAGAGGAAUUAUCACGUAUACCUUUCCGCCUGAUCGUCGACCGGAAAUGAAAAGGGAUACUGUGGCCUUGGGUUUCGUCACCAGCAUUAAUGACGCUGUAUUGCUUAGGAUAGAAUCUGCGUCGAGUAACGAUUAUCUCGAAAUUGAAAUUGUGGAAGGUAACGUUUUCGCGGUUUAUAAUAUGGGCACCAACGAUCAUCCAAUAGGCGAAGUUGGCGUGAAAGUUAACGACAACCAAUAUCAUGUGGUUAGAUUUACCAGAACUGGGCCGAACAGCACAUUACAAGUCGAUGACUACAAUUUGCAAUCUAAUCAUCCAUCGGGUCACCAGCUGACAGUGUUCAACAGCCAGUCUACUAUUCAGGUAGGCGGUCGAUGGAAUCGCAGUAAGGGCAGAGUGGAACGACCAUUUCUCGGCGUGAUAGCCGGAUUGGUCGUUAAUGGUGCCAGAAUCUUAGAACUGGCUGCUACCAAAGACGGUAAAGUUGCAACUAGAGGAGACGUGCAGCUUCUGCCAGCAGGAAGUCUCCUGGAUCGCGCUCCACCGUUACAAAGAAUGCAACAAACACCGGCGUCCGGGUUUCCCGGCGUCAUGGACGAUCUCAUAUUCUCCGGCGCCGGAAGUGGCUGCGCCGGCGAUGACGAGGACGAGGAGUGCACUCCGAUCUACGAGUCAGGCUCCGAUGACAUCAUCACGCCAGUGUACGUGGCGCCUACACGAUUGCCGACGACAUUGAGGCCGAAGCUGCACAAAGAAAAUAUUCAAGAACGUCCAACCUGCGACGACGAGGAAGACUGCGAAGAGGGCUCUGGCGAUUCCAGAACGACAGAAGAAAUUUUCGUCACCUCGGCCACCGAUAUCAGCUCGGUGACGUACACGACGCCCCGCGAAUACACGACAAGUCAUAUCAGCACCCAGACGACGUCGGCAUCGUCGACAACGUUGGGUCGCGACGUCGUCACCGUCUCCGUCCAAUACAACGUGUCAACCACAGAUCUCGAGACCAGCCAUAGCAGCAGCGUCGUAACGCAUCGAUCGACAACUGUGACAACACAGACGACCACGACGGAAAUGACGGAGCCACCACCGCCACCUCCACCACCGGUGUACCCGCCGAUGCCUACUCCGCCCAAGAAUAACAACAACAAGCGGAUCACAUCCGAGGCGGCCGAGAAUGCCGCACUUAUAAUUGGCAUCAUAGCCGCCGCGCUGAUAGCGAUAGUCUUGAUCAUAUUGAUAAUCCUCAAGUUUAAGAACCGGCCAGAAACAAGUUACAAAGUGGAUGAAACGAAAACGUUCUGCCAGGAUCCGAACGCGGCUCUAUUGGGUGCCACGGGCUCCGGUCAGCCCUUCAAUGGCGCCCUGAAAAACGGCGCCAACGGCAGCAAAAGCAACAAGAAACGAGAACUAAUAGACAUUAAAGAGUGGUACGUGUAAAGGGGGGCAUCUACAUACUCGGCAGGACACUGCCUUGUGUUUGAAAUUUGUGUACAGGGAGGAUGGCCAAAGACUUGGCCAAAGAACGUGCACGUCAUCUUUCGUCGCUGGAAAGGAUCGAGGAUUGAAACAGAGCAGAGUAAGCGAACACAGUCAGCUCUCAUGAGUCUCGCACAGGUGUACAAAGAAACUGUGCUCGCUGAGAUCAGAGCUAUCCCGUAGAAGAUCCUUGUCUGUUAAGUAUCAAACGGAUCUAGUACUGGGACUCCAAGUAUCUAUCUUAAUACAACACGAAAAUUAUCAAGUAUUCGUUGAAAGGGUUUUGCUCGAGUUGCUCAUCGUGCAAUAAACAAUAGGGUAAUAAUUCAUGAGGGUGCCUCUGAUCAGUGGUGAAUACGACAUAAUUGCGCGUGCGAAAACGAUCUUUCCGUUACGAGUGAUGAAGAAGGUCAUGUUCAGAAAAUCCUCGUGAUAGCUUAUAGGAAAAGCGGUGUAAUAAAAGGUCGCAGUUAAAUAAAAAUCCUUUCGCACUUUUCUGUGUGAAAAGAAUUGAAACGCAUUACAGAUGAUCAACGAUCUUAUCCUCGAUAAAGUACAUUUUCUAAGAACUUUAAAAUCGGGAUUAAUGGGUCGUAUAUUUAAGUGGAAAAACUCUUUGAGGAAGACAUAAUGAGAUUAUGAUACCGUGGAAAUAUAUGAAACUUCUUUUUAAUUCUAAGGCGAAUUGAAAUGAAAUCGAUCGCACUUAGGAAGAUCCGUCGAACUACUCGCUCUCGCCAAAGAGAGCCAACGAGUUGCCGCGAGGUACUGAUCAAUGAUCUAGCGCUGAUCCUCUUGUUUCCUUGACACGAAAUCUGGAAAUAAAAUUUAAACACGUGGCAGGAAUCGAGCAUUAAUUGCAAACAUUCCAAAAAAAUUUUCUUCCUGUUCAUUU